UUUCUACAGUAGUUUUUUACUUUGGUGGAGUUUUCUGGCGCUGGGAGCGAAAAUUUGCUUUUGAACGACAGACCUCAUUUAUGUACAUGCGCAAUGUCUAACAGUUUAUAUUUUGUGAAAGGUAUGAGAAAGUACCAAAGCGAUGUUGGGGGAGUUGUGCGAUUCGAGUUUAAAUAUCGUGAAGUGUCGAUUCGCCCAUAGCUAACUUCAUUAAAAAUAUGACAUAAAACUGCACAUAGGCUUUAGGAACGAUAAUCUGAAUCAUUCAUUCGGAAACCGAUCCUAACAAACACAUCAGGACAAUAUAGAUUUGUAUUUAUAUUUUAUAGAACUGAUUAUACAUUCAAUGACAAAGGUGUUUGCCCUAGGCGAAAGCUAUGAUAUUUGUGCGUAGUGUUAGCGUCGAAAUUGCGUCGCGGUGCGUAGUGAGUAUAAUUGCAUUUUUCAAUGUACAUAGUUCGAAUCAGGAUAACGCGGCAAGUUUAUAGGUCAGUUUGCAGAAAAUGUUCUCUAGUUGUUCUUAAGAUGCUCCGAAUUGAUUUUCGGAUGUAGAUAUCAGUAUGCAAAGAUGAUUACGAUGGUAAUUUGUAGCAUAUAGUAUCCUGGUUACAAUUCAGGGGUAAAAGCUGGAAUGAUCAUUAUUUCCUUUGUACUAUGACUUUCAAGAAAGUCAACAUAUUUAUAAUGCUUCUCUAUUUAAACCAGGACGCAAAAUCUGAAAGGUCCCAUGAUAGUUUACUUUUUUUGACAUCAUUCAAACUUCAAUCAUAUUAGGAAGGUGGAAAUGAAAAGGAAAGUUUAUUGUGAAAUGGUAUGGUGUCCGUCUAAACUCCGUAUGAAUAUACCACCAGAUUAUCAACGUUAGUGUAGUUUUUAUGCCAUAUCCAUUUGCAAACGUUUACUGUCAAACAAUUAGAAUUUGUCUGCUUUGCUGACCUAGAAAAUGUGUUGAAACGCGUAGGUAGCCUAACUUAAAUCGCUAUAUCAGAAAACGCAAAUUAUCGUCCAACCUAAUCGAAAUGAAAACAAGUAGUCGAAAUGCAUGAAUAAGUAUCAGAAACUUAAUUCAUGUUUCCUGGGUCAAUAUGUGAAGAAUUAUGUGCCGACGCUACUGUGGAAGCGUUAGUGAAGUGAAUCAAUUUUAUACUUCGUAAUCAAGUUUUUAGAAAAAUAAUACUUAGUUGCAAAUGCCGACUGCUAAUUCAUUCUGGAAAAAUGUUAUAGCAAUGUUAAUAUGGCAUCCUACUCCCAAAACAGCGGUGAUAACAACUCACUUGAUGACAAUCGUUUUAACUCUAUGAAUAAUGAUUCCAUCACUCAGUUAGUUACAAUCCAGUUCAAUAUUUUUACCAAAUUGUCAGCGUUCGACGUAGAGAGAAACGAUCAAAAGUGUUUGCAUCAUACAAAACAAAAAUUGUGGUUUCCAGUCGUCAGUUUUCUAUCAUCGCUCUCCUACAAUAGCACCAGGUGUAUUAAGGUAGUUGCCCUCCAAUAUAAUAUUCCAUUAUUAUUUGACGAUGGCAAUUGGAGGAACAUUGCGAAGUAUUCGAAAUACCGCAUCAUUCGGUCUAGAUCAGAAAAAGAUAUACAUGAUGAUCACCAUUUCAUAGAGAAUUCGAAUCGCUCAUUGACUUUUGAUCUACGGAAAUAUUGUUUUAAAUUUAACGAUUCCAUUAAAUGGAAAUUCUUACGAGAUAAUUCCGAAUUUUCACAAUGGAGCCCACAACAGGAAGCCGCUUUUGAAAAUACGAAACGAAGUACUUUCAAUAGCUGUGCUUGUUCGACCGAAAACGAUAUUAAAUACUCUGCAAAUCUUGAAGGAAGAUUGUCUACAAAGUUGAAAAAAAUAUCUACAAAGUUGAGUGCAGAUUAUGAAUGCAUUGUAUCGAAAUAUAUAAAAAGGAAGGGAACUGUCGAUCAAUUCAAAGGAGCUUUUAGCACUAUAAAGUUACUUGUGAAAAUUAUAUUAUUUGCUCUAGGUUUAUUUUGUACAGUUUCAAAACGAGAGGCUCUAGUUGCGAAAAUCAAUUAUAAUUACUGCAAUAAUCGUAGUGAUAUUAGCCAGGCGGAUUUACUAACAAUAGGAUCAAUUCGGAAUAUGGAGGAGAAAAAGUUACGUAAGAGUAGAGUAGAAAUUUUUCGGUCCGUUGAAAGUAGUAAAGGAAAUAUUUCAAGCUCUGCAUCAGAUGAACAUCUCGCAUCAGUCAACAUUAAAUUUAAUGACGUUGAUACUAAGCUAUUGCGCCCACAUUCGUUGACGCAAACGAAUCAAGUGCAGGUUAUUGGUGAUGAGUUACAAUCCGUAGAAAAUCAUUAUGACGAUUACAGAUCGCCGACUUUUGUAUUGCCACCAAUACAAUAUCCUCUACUACAAACUUCAUCAACAGUAAAAAAGUGUUUAACAUCUUUCAAUCGCGGUCGUUCACAUUCACCACGUAAAGUGCAUAAAUAUUGUGAUAACUUUGAGGAAAGUAUUUCUGGGGGAGAGUGUUCCUCUCCAACAACAGUUCCGGAUUCGGCUGUGGCCACCUCUACUCUAAUGAAUAGCCGUGCGAAUAGUAAAGCAUGUCUUAAGGAAAGUCGACCUAACGAUGACAAGGAAAAUGAGUCACCAAAAAUCACCGAUUUGAUGAGUUCACCGAAAAUGAAAAUUUGUGAACAAAUACUUUUCGAGCAGAAUUCUCCAAAGCACCUAGAUUCAAACAAAUCACGUUUCUCAUUUCCUCCGAAGCAAAUUUAUAGCGAAGAUGUAUUAAGCAAUGUUUCAUCAUUGCCUCUGAUAAAUGCAGUUUCGGAACAAAUAAACUCAUGUGAUACUUGCACCAUUGCAACAAACUCAGCUAGCCCUUUACUCUCGUCAGCAGUUUAUAAACAUGGGAAUUACUUCAAAUUCCCUGAAGUCGAUUAUAUCACUUCAGAUAUUUUACCGAAUACGUCGAAAACGUUUGCAUCGUCCGAUAUUACAUCAGAACGAGCAAAGGCAGCAAUUGUAACUGACUCGAUGGUAACUGAAACUGCAUCCUCUUCGGCAAUACUAAGAAAUACCUUCGGUAGUCAGCCUUCUCGGCGGGUUAGGCUAAAAUCAAUAUCUUUAGACUCCGAUGGAGCGCGUCUAGUUGAGGAUAAUUUGGGGAUACCCGUCGAAGAACUGAUUCAAUACUCCAAUGAAACGACAUCUGAUAGAAAUGGGUCUUCAAACUCGACCAUGUAUCAAAGCCAAUUAAACAACAUUGAAAAGAGUGGAGAAAAUACCAAUUUGUUCGACACUCCGGAAGCUUCACUAAAUGACGCAUUCGUGGAAACCCAAGAUGUGCCAAUAUCAAUACCAAAAGUCACUCCUCCCACCCUCAGUCAAAGUUGUCGUAAAAAUAGAAACAACUUGAAAAUAAAUGUUGAAAGUAACGAUAGUUGCUUUAGGAGCAGCUAUGAAAACGGAAUACCGGCGGUAAAAGUGCCUACACCAAAAACGCCAACUCUUACGCAAACCAAGCAAAAGGCAGUUUCUUUAGACUCUUCAGAUGCAAACAAUAUUGUAUGCUACUGCACGGGACCCUCACAAAUACGUUCACAGCAUCAUCUUCAUCAACAGCAAUCAUUAAACUCGAGGUCUGCACACCAUUUAUCGUCGAUAUCUGUUCCAACCACACCGAAACGUAACGUAAAUCCAAACAAAAAAAAGAUUGGUAAUAAAGUAGCAUUUUAUAAAUCCGCUGGUCCACCCAAGAUGUUAUCACAUCACCAGUCUACCAUCAAUCCUGUCCUUAUGGGUUUCGAUGCCAAAAUGCAUCAGUGCAAUUCAAUACCAGAUGAAGAACAUUCGAUGCGAAUCGCUAUUGAUAUUGAUGACAAUUACGGUGAAUGUGCUACUGAACUGGAUGAUGAUCACUUUGAGAAUUUCUAUUUGGGUGAAAUAGAGGAUGAGGUAGUUGUACUGGCGGAAGGUAACAAAUUACCCUACAUCGACGAAAAUGAAAUAAAGAGACGAAUCAAAAGCGGCGGGGAAGCGUCGGAAUCUGAAGCACCAAACAAAUCAUAUGAUUAUUUGCUUCUAGGCUCGAAUUUACAGUCACAAAAAUUCGGAAUGUUGAGUUUGUCAAAUAACAAUUUGGAAACAUUGCCUGAAGUGAUGACUAUUACAGAUUUUGAUAAUUCCACACAGGUUGAGUUGCCUAAACUACAAAAUUCCACUCAACUCCAUCAGCAGGAGCGAAAUUCUCAGCAAAAUGAUGAAAUGAAACGAAAUAACUUAACAAAACCCCACCCGUCUGCACGGAGCAAUAUACUACAACGUCGUGGUUCUAACCAAAGUCUAACAAUAAAUUUGAAUGGCUCUUUAGGGAACUUGACUAAAUAUAUGAGCGCAUCGAAUUACAGUUUGGGAAGUUAUACCGGCUCAAAUUAUAAUUUAAAUAAUUGUCCGCAACAUCAUCUGAGUAUGUACUGUCAAAUACCAUCGAAUACGUCGUCUACACAGUCAGUAAUGACUCAUGGUUAUUGCAAUAGCCAAAUGAAUAUCUUACACCCUAAUAGCUCCUCUCCGGUUCAGCAGCAAUCCGGUUUCGAGACAGAUCUAUCUUCAACUGAUGGGUGUCCCAACAAAAAGAAUUUACUUCAGCGGCGCGGUUCAAAUACUAGUCUAACUUUAAACAUAAAAACAUCAAAUCAAGCCAAUCUCAGCCGCUUUAGCAGUCAUAGUUCGCUAAAUAUAUCAUCGAACUUAGCUAAGUACAAACAAUCGACUCAGUCCAUAUAUGGACAUCAUCAGUCCCAGCCACAAUGCCACCAAUAUUACCAAUCGCAAUCACAUCGCCAGCAAUCAAUGGGCAAGAAGGGUUUAUUGGAACGACGAAACUCCAACGCAAGCCUGACACUGAAUAUACAUAAUAAUGGUUUGAGUAACUCUAGCCACAACCUCCGAUCUUCUGCAUGUAGUCUCAGUAACAUAACAAAUAUGUCUAUAGAAUGUUACGAAACAAACACAGAACGUUCAAAUAGUAAUAAUAUCCUUGAUGAAACAAACAAUCAAAUAAGAUCUUCCAUCCUACCAUCUGCGCCAAGGCAGCAAAGAAAAUUCCUUAGCUCAGAGAAUCUCAAUACUAUGAUAUCACAAUGUAAUAAGUUGAAUCAAACUCAUAUACGAAAUUCAACUAAAACAUGCUUCGGUUCUGUAUCUGAUCUAAAACCAAAUAUAAUUAACGGCAAUGAGAAUAUUACAAAAGAUAAUAUCGAGCGAGGCUCUGAAGUAGGAGUUAGACAAUUUGAACAAUCCGAUUUAUGUUCUUGCACUGGUGUUCGGAAUAUUACUACUAAACCGCUGUCGCCACAAUCAACAUCAGAAGAUUUUAAGAUGUAUCUCGCAAAUAUACAACUACUUCAGAAUGCUACAAACGUUCUCACUGAAGAACAUUUACGUAAACUACAUUUCAUUUUCAAAGAAAACUAUGAAAUGUCAAAGCGAAAAAAUAGCAAAGAUGAAGCAAUGUUAGGUUUAUUAUCGGACCAUAUUGACCGAGGACAUGAAACAAAGACCCAGACACAAUACAAGCAUCAAAUUUGUUCAAAGCUUACUCAGUUUCAUAUCACAUUGCCAAAUGAUAAUGAAAAGAAACAAUUGUUGCGGUCCUUGCAUGAAGAAUUUUGGGAUCUUCCGACAAAUCAUCAGGAAAAGCCGCUGGUAUUUGGUUCACAAUCGAAGAAUAGAUAUAAAACCAUUUUGCCGAAUGAACAUUCCCGCGUACUCUUGGAAUCUGAACUAGGAAGCUUGCAUGAGCCUUAUAUAAAUGCCAAUUUUAUAAAGGGCCCCGACUACACCAAAAAUUCCUACAUAGUUACGCAAGGACCGCUACCUAAUACUAUGUACGACUACUGGUUAAUGGUUCAACAGAACAUAGUGAAAUACCAGCAAAAACAUUGUCAACCGGAGGCAAAUAGUGAUACACAAGCUAGAGAUAUAAGGAAAACGUCUAUGAAACCCAUCAGCGCUUGCUCUCAACAAAUGGUUAUGCUUACUAAUUUUGUUGAAAGUAAUCAACAAAAGUGCUCCAUAUAUUUUCCGAUUGAAACCAAUGAAAUUAUUUUCAUUACCGACUCUAAUGAAAAAUUUGAAAACGAUCGGUUGGCCGCAUUGUAUAAAAUUUAUUUGAACACAGUCUCGACUGACUCACAUGCCCUCAGUAGAUGCGAGUUCCAAAUCGAGCUUACUGAUGAGAGUAUUGAAUGUAAUCCAUUCUCCGAGCAGCCGAUCAAAGUUGAAGAAAUACCGAGAAAAAAUUAUUUUUUGAUCAGUAACUGUGGUUUACGAAUGAAGGACGGGUUCUCAAUACGAAAAUUUAUUUGUCUUUAUAUAGUUACCGACAAAAGUCAGAAAGCCAAUACUCCUUCUUACAAAGCUAUAAAGCAAACGUUAUGUCGAUUCACCUGCUAUCAUUAUUGGUUUCCCGAUUGGCCUGACCAUCACUCCCCAGAAGAUGUUGGCCUCUUACUCGAUAUGAGUUUACAUUUAUUAGAUUCCUGUUGCGAUAAUGAAUUCGGGCGAGAUGAUGGCUGUAGCUUCCAAAAAGAACAAAAGUCCAACAGUAUCUUUGAACCUAUAUUGGGGGUAAAUAAUGAUAUUGAGCCCUUACCGAUAAUUCAUUGUUCUGCAGGUAUUGGAAGGACUGGAUGCUUAGCAGCAAUUUUAAACGGAGUCAGGCAAAUUCGAACUUCUAUAUUGCUCGCCUUGAAGCCAUGGAAUUGCCAAUUAACAAGUCACUCCGUUGCUGUGAUGAGAGCAAGCAAAAAUUAUAUAAAUGUUGACGUACUUGGUAUCGUAUGCAAUCUACGUUUACAGCGUGGUGGAAUGGUUCAAAACUCCGAACAAUAUGAAUUGAUUCAUAAAGCCUUAUGUUUGUAUCAAGCGCGAAUAGAUGCAGAACUGCUCAGUUGGGAUGAAAGUAUAUAAAAGAGAAUGCUGAAUCUACGUAUGUAUAUGCUAGGGUGAGACCAAAAAUAGUACGAAAUCUAGACUUCAAAUAGUAAUUGCCGAUGUACAAAAUAUUAUUCAUUAAUUGCUCAAAAUAAUGAGUGUUUGGAAUUAGCUGAAAUGUGGAAUAACAUGAGAUUUGAGAAAUUUCAUUAGGCUGUGUUUUUUUUUCGAUUUUAUUUCAUUUGAGUUCCUAUCAUCACUUUUAUAUCCACUAUUUUUUGUAUGCCGUGAGUGCGCAUUCUUAUAUUAGAAAAAAGUAGGCAUCGUAAAGUAGUUACAUAUUUAAUAAGCUCAACGUUAUAGAUUAAAAACUAUGGUGUAUAGAAUUAAGGAUAACUUCUGUCAAAAGUACUUAUUAGCUGUUGGAUGUAAUGAGACUUAUUUUUCCUUUAAUUUUAUACAAACUGACGGUUGCGAAAUUGAUAAGUACGCAGCUUCAAUAUGAUAAAUUUCGCUUUAUUUUGAGUAUCCUCAAUAGGAUAUUUGCGGAUAUUAAACACAUAUACAUAGAUAUUCAAAGUUAUAUGGAUGCAGAAAUAUAAUUAUUUCAUAGUUGCGUUAAUUUCACCGGCAUUUGCGUUAUAUUAGAAUUGCUCUUGGAUUGGAAAUUACACCGAAAUGUAUGUAAGGUUGCUCCCAAUUACUGUUUUUUUUUCACUUAUAUUCAUUUCAAGCUGGUUACGUAUCCAUGUAAGCAGGUCACGGAAAACUAUCAACUUUACAAUUCGUUCCGGCUAUUUUCGCUAUAUGAAAACUAACGGUUUUUGUACGAGCUGUUCCAUGCAAUGUGAAUUUAGUAUUUGAAAAACUAUUGAAGUGUCUUAGAAAUUUGUGGAAAGGGAGGUGGAUCAAGUUCGAAAUGGAACUUUCGCUUCAUGCUUAAAAUUCACCAGCCGCAUAUUUGGUUCCAUGGUACUGAUGACUAGCAUACAUAUAAUAAAUACUAAUGUGUUCGAAGAAAACAUAUGGGGCUCAAAUUGUAGAAGAUCACUUUGAAAUUAAAUUUAAAAUAUUCAAAAAAUAAAAUUGUUUAUACUUAGCGCAUGGAUUUUAUGGAGUUUUGUGCCUACGCGAAAAUAAUUUGCUUUGUAACAUGUAUUACACAUAUUGCCCAAUAACCUUUCUGAAUCAUAUGAAGGGCUUGUAUUCAGUAUCUAACAUCUUUAUCAGUCUUUUAAAGAGUUUGCAGUUCCACAAAAGUUUUUUCUCAGUUCUUUCCAUGCAUUUAAUUUUAUGUUCUUAUUGAACCCUGUAUCAUACUUUGAUAUUCAUCCAUCUAGCGGAUAUCGAUGUGCCGUUUAUACACAAGCAUUUUUUAUUAUUAUUUUGUCUACUUUUUUUUUGGGGUGACUUUACCUGGAAAAUGCAUUGUAUGAAACGUCAAAACUAUUUUAUUUGGACCAAUGAUUUUGAAAAUAAAAUUUCCUUUUUUUAUUAAAGAGCAAACAACAAUUUUUAUAUUCUGCAUAUACAAUCUUGAUUGUAUAUUUUACAUAUACAAUCUUAAUCGUAAAACGCACUGAAGAAGGAAGUAUCUGCCUCCCGAAAAUCGAUGUAUGCAAAUAGAAUUAAUGCAUAGUUAUAUCCAAUACGAGAACGGAAUUAGUUUCUCAUGAAUGAGUCUUGUCUGAUAUAGAUCAGUUAUUUUAAAGAAUAGCACCAUAUUUUCGAUAUAUACAUUAUGAUAUACUAACCAAGUUAAAAGAUUAAGGUCUUGACAUUCGAAACAGUUUUUGCUAUACAAAAACUUGUGUAAUUUUUAUUUUAAGUAAAUAAGUGAAAGUUAGGUAACUAUUGGAAUAUUUUUCUUUAAAGAAUCACUGAAUAUUCUCAAUAGAGUUGUAACGACUUCAUGGAGAAUCAUAUUAUUGUUGACUAUAUUCUCGGAAGUGAUCGAAUAUGGAAGUACUAGAAAACACCAAUUUCAAAUUUAAGUGUGACACGCAAUUGAUGCUUAAAAUUAUAUAUAUAUAUAUACAUAUAUUUAUAAGUGUUUCGAUAUAAAAGCAAAUACACUAUAUUUGAGCGAAAACGCAAUUAAGAAAACGAGGUCUUUUAUUCUAACAAUAAUUUAAGUCCAUGAGAAAUAAUUGCAGUUUGCAGUACACUAUUGAAAUAUAUACACAUACAUUGCCUUGGGAAUCAUCUUUGCGUUGUUGAGCGAUUCAACACCACCAUGAUCAUCAUCUGUAAUGCAGAAUAAAAUAGAAUUAAAGAACGCUGGCCAUCAUUAGAAAAACGCAGUGCUCUGUUCAGGCGAUUCCAAAUGUGAGUAGUUUGAGUGAACACCUUUAAAGGGAAGGAAGUAGUCAUGUCCUGUCGAACCUCCUUACAUUUUUAACUUAAUACUUACUCAGACAGAACAAACAUAUCUGUGUAAACUAGUAGGAGAAUGUCUGCUUAACGGGAAUUUACAUUUAAUCAGUGAGAGUCUCAAAAGAU